AUAAUUUAUAUUUGAGUUUUGAUAUUUCAGAGUUGCAAGAAAGAAUCACGCUGCAAAAAUGCACUUAGUCUUAUUCUAUACGGAUAUUUCGUUGACUUUUUUUCUUACCAGCUGGUUUUGCUCCAUGUUAUUUUGAGUUGCAUUUCAUUUAUUUAGCAUUUUUGGAUUUGGAAUUGAUUUGGUUUGGUGUACUUUGAACUCAUUUUCAGAAGAUCCUGUCGACAUUAUAGUAAGUAAUAAGUAAUUAUUAAGAAGAUGAAUAUAACGAAUGUCAGCGAGUAUGAAGCAAUUGCAAAGGAAAAGUUGUCGAAGAUGAUUUAUGAUUACUAUGCAUCAGGGGCAGAGGAUCAAUGGACUUUGAGAGAGAAUCGAAAUGCAUUUUCAAGAAUUCUGUUUAAGCCUCGUAUUCUUAUGGAUGUAAGCAAAAUAGACUUAACAACAAAUGUAUUGGGCUUCAACAUAUCAAUGCCUAUCAUGAUUGCUCCUACGGCCCUGCAGAAAAUGGCUCACCCUCAAGGAGAAUAUGCUACUGCUAGAGCAGCAUCAGUAGCUGGCACCAUCAUGACACUAUCCUCAUGGGCUAGUUCUAGUGUUGAAGAGGUUUCUUCAACAGGACCUGGCAUUCGUUUCCUCCAACUCUAUGUGUUUAAAGACAGAAGUAUGGUUACUCAGCUAUUAAGAAGAGCUGAAAAUGCUGGUUUCAAGGCAAUUGUCCUUACUGCAGACUCUCCGGUUAUUGGUCGUAGGGAGGCAAGCAUAAAAAACAGAUCUACAUUGCCAUCAUAUGUGAGAUGGAAGAAUUUUGAAGGCAUGGAUCUUGAAAAGUUGGAUAAGACUAAUAACUCUGCUCACACAUCUGUUGUUAAUGGGCUAUAUGAUCAAUCACUUACCUGGAAGGAUGUAACAUGGCUUCAAACAUUAACCUCACUUCCAAUCAUAGUGAAGGGUGUACUUACUGCUGAAGAUACAAGGUUAGCUAUACAAGCUGGUGCAGCUGGAAUCAUAGUUUCCAAUCACGGUGCGCGCCAACUUGACUAUGUCCCUGCAACUAUUAUGGCUUUGGAAGAGGUUGUGCAAGCUGCAGAAGGAAGAGUUCCUAUUUUUAUGGACGGUGGGGUCCGCCGAGGGACAGAUGUUUUCAAAGCAUUGGCUCUUGGAGCAUCUGGUGUAUUUAUUGGAAGGCCUGUGGUGUUUUCAUUGGCAGCUGAUGGUGAAGCUGGUGUAAGAAAAGUACUUGAGAUGCUUCAUGGUGAGCUUGAAAUAACCAUGGCACUCUGUGGUUGCCCUUCACUUAAGGACAUAACUCGUGACCAUGUUGUGACAGAGUGGGACCGUCCAAGAAUUGCUCCUAAGUUAUGAGAUAUACAUAUACCCAUGGAGUUUGAGCUCGAGGAAGGGUUAGUAAUCAAGAAACUUAUAUGGUACAUCAAUUGAGGUGUUGUUCGAACCGAUCAGAGAAAAAACAAUGUAAAGCUUGAAAACGUAUAACAUAUGGGGUUGGUGUCUGAUUUUGUGUCUGACAAACAUUUCCAAUAUGAAUUUAAUUCUAACUAUAAUAAAGUUGCAUGAUUUCGUACUGCUGAGAGAAA